AUGCUUAUUUAUGUCAGUGAGAGUCUCGGAAGUGGAGCCGAGCUGCUAGUCCGGGCUCUUGAAACCAAAUACCAAUUCGAGAGGAUACCUACAGCUACUACAAUUGAUCAAGAACAAAUCAAUUACAUACUUGAGUAUGGCACCACCAAUUACACCAAAAACCUUGUGUUUCAAGGUGUAAUUGGGCUCGAGCAGCUUCAAAUGCUAGAGAAAAGGCCCUUUUUCAUGCAUAUAACCAUAGAGGCCGCCUUGAGAGUUAGGCUACAAGAGUGGUGCGAUAGCUAUAAUAAUGGCCAAGCAGAUCUUGAAAAAUUCCUGCAACACUCCGAAACCACUCUAGAGCUCAACCCGAACUUGCCAAUUGUGUGUGGUCGGGCAGAUGUGAGAAUUUACGUCAGAACUCACGAAAAACUGAAACUCGAUGUUUUGGCCCGAGAGCUAGAUCAUCAUCUUAGAAGCGCUUGCCAAGGGCGCGACGUCAUGGUCCCGUUCAACAACACUACACCUUUGAGACCAGAUUGGGAUACAUACUUCAUGAAGCUAGCAACGCUAGCGGCUUCCAGGUCCAAUUGCAUGAAAAGACGAGUUGGCUGUGUUAUUGUUCGAGAUUGUAGAGUCAUCGCAACAGGUUAUAACGGGACACCCCGUCAUUUGAAAAACUGUCACAGUGGUGGGUGUCCCCGUUGUAACAGCGGAGAACACUCUCAGCUCAGCAGUUGUUUGUGUCUUCAUGCGGAAGAAAACGCGCUAUUAGAGGCUGGUCGCGAUAGAAUAGGACCCAAUGCCAUCUUGUAUUGCGACACUUGCCCGUGUUUAACCUGUUCUGUUAAAAUUGUGCAAACAGGUAUUAGAGAAGUCGUGUACUCCCAGAGCUACAGAAUGGACGAAGCCAGUUUCAAGAUUUUGCAAGAAGGCGGAGUUCUGGUGCGUCAAUUCAGUUUCAAAGAGGAUCCUCACUACAGCGUGUUGUAA